AAUUUAUUCAAUAACCGCCUCCAAACAGCUCCGUAAAUUGCCCUUUUUCAUAACACGCACACAAGCUCCUCCUUCAUUUUUAUUCUUUGAAGCCAACUCGAGCUCGUUUCGAAAACCCUAGGUCUUCAAGGUACCUUUUAAUCGAUCACUCGUCGUCGUUCAACGAUCCUGAUCGGAGAUCUUCAGAGAACUAAAUCAAGUUAUCAAAGGACAAUUUAGGAGAUGGGUUUGUGGACUCUGUUAGAAGGUUGUCUGCUAAUUGCGAAUGCACUAGCAAUACUAAAUGAAGAUCGUUUUCUUGCACCAAGAGGUUGGAGCUUCCAGGAGUACUCAGGGGUUAAAAGGAAUUCACUCAAAGGGCAAAUCAUUGGUCUCAUUUAUGCAACUCAGUAUUUAAGAGUACUUCUUAUGAUCCUCAACUCCCUUUGCAUUGUUGUAAAACUUGUUUCUGGUUAAUUCUGGUAUAUAGAUUUUUCCUUUAUUUUAUCCUUUUUUGUUUUCUUUAUCCACUGAAACAAUCAAGUCUCAAGCUUGGAACCUUGCACAGGAAAUGGAAUGGCAGCUUGGAUCUUUAAUGUUAA